UCAGCCCGGUCUCGGUGUGAAAAUGUUUAGUGGAUGACUUCAUGUAGGAAGUAGAAAUGAGGGCGUUGAAACUGACUGAGAUGACGUCUCAUGCAAUUAAGAGUUUAUUCAAGUCAUUCAAUACCAUUCUAACAGAUUGUGAUGGUGUCUUAUGGCUUGAAGAUGAUUUGAUCAAAGGAUCGGAAACAGUAAUGAAUGGUUUUAGGAAAAUGGGAAAAAGAAUUUUCUUCAUUACUAACAACAGCAGCAAAACUAGAAAUGGAGCUGCAGAGAAAUGUAAAAAGUUAGGUUUUCAGGCCGAAAAAGAAGAAAUAAUAUCAACAUCAUAUUUGGCUGCUUCUUAUUUGACUGACAUCGGGUUUAAGAAGAAGGUUUAUGUAUUUGGCUCAUCUGGUGUUACUGAAGAGUUGAAGUAUGCUGGCCACAAAUCAAAUGAGCCUGGUCCUGAUCCAAUGGUUGAUGAUCUGAAAACACUGUUACGUUCAAAAAUAAAACUUGAUCCUGAUGUUGGAGCUGUAAUUGUUGCAUACGAUGAUCAUAUCAGCCUUCCAAAGAUUAUUAAGGCGGCAACUUAUGUAAAAGAUCCCAACUGCUUGUAUCUGGGCACUAGUGCAGAAGGGCGGAAGAUAAUAAAGGGAGACUUUUCUGUCCCAGGUGCUGGCUGUAUGGCUGCAGCAGUCACUAGCUGCUCAGGACGUCAUCCUGUUAUAUUAGGAAAACCAAGUGAAUACUUAAUGGAUGUCCUCAUCAGGAAGUUAAAAGUAGAACCUGGCCGAACUUUGAUGAUAGGUGACAGUGCGAGGACAGAUAUAAUGCUGGGGAAUCGAUGUGGUUUCCAGACUUUAUUGGUUCUAUCUGGACUAACCACUGCACACAAUUUACAAGAAUGGCAGAAUUCACAGGAUGAGAGAUAUAAGGGUUAUAUUCCUAACUAUUACGUGCAGUCACUGGGUGAUCUAACGCCCUUUUUAGCAAGUUGAGACCUUGUCAGCACUGUGUAAGACUUGUGCAGUUGCUAGUUGUGGUUUCUGCUCAUGAUGGUAAAAUUUCAUUUCUGUUAUUGUGUGACAAUAAGUUUGUGUACUUUAUUUUGGGAAAAAAUGAAAACAUUCAUGAAAUUUCAAUCAAUCUGAAU